AUGCAAGCAGAGAAGGACCCUCAAACGAAAAAGCAAAUUCCUCGUGUUAUAUGUUGGUACGAAGGAAUCGAUCAACAAAAAAUGGUUGGGAUUCAUUCAGAAAGUUUCGCCGCAGUAAAAGAAAAGGAAGAGAAGUAUGCGAACAUUAUCAACGAGAAAGUUAGUAUUCCAAGAGAACUGGAUAAAGUGCAGAUAAAAGAACUAGCUCCAAUGCGCCAACAGAUAACUGCAAAUCUACCCCAUCUACCACUACCAACAUUCAUAGGUGAUCCCAAGUUGUGA